UAAUAUAACCAUAACUUGCAUCAAAGAGAAACCAUUACUUUGGCAUAACUGGAACCUAUUAGGAAAAAUUUGCCUUGUAAUAAAAAAAUAUGACCUGGCCCAGCAUUGUUUCAUAAAGGCUCUGUUGACCACUAGAAAAUGGUCAGUUGCAAAGAUAUGGUGCAACUUAGGUACCUUAUAUUUAAAAGUAAAGUUAUAUAAAUUGGCUAACUAUUGCUUUUCCCGUGGACAGUCUACAAUGCCAUCUUAUCCUCAGAGUUGGAUAGGUCAAGGUUUAAUUGCAGAAGCCAUUCGAGAAGAGGAAGCAAUGGAUCUAUUUAGACAUGCUUCAAGACUUGGCUAUCAUCCUGAAAGUGCACUAGGAUAUGGAGAUUGGGUGUGUCGAACAUUGAAAAAUAAUAAAUAUAAUGAAGAUUCUGAAUUAAAUUAUGUUAUUGAAGGUCUUCAUGCAAUACCUUAUGCCACAGAUUUAUUAGAAUGGUUCUGUAACUUUGAUCCCGAAAAUGCCUGUGCUUAUACUAUUCUCGGAAUUUUGCAAGAACGGGGAGGACUUAUUAAUGCAGCUCUAAAAUCAUAUGGAAAGGCUUUACAAUAUGCAGAUGAAAGUAAAAAGAAUAUAGCUCUUCUGAAUGUAGGCAGAAUUCUGAACAGAACAGAACACUAUGACUCAGCAAUUAAAGUGUACAAAUCAAUAACAGAAGCAAGUUUAAAUUCUACUACAGGUUUGGCGCAUGCAUUAUUAAAGAAAGGCUUAUAUGAAGAAGCUUAUGCCGCAUAUGAUACUGCUCUGCACUGGUUGAGUGAUGAUGAUGACGAAAAAUCAGAUCUCCUUGUGGCCAUGGCUGGGACAGUUUAUAAGUUCAAAGGAGUUAAUGAAGCAAAAACAUUACUUUUCCACAGUAUCCAAAUAUCACAAAAGAAACCCUCUGCAAGGAGUUUGUUUGCUAUAUGUUGCUUGGGGUUGUUACAUGCUGAUAAAAGCUUAUCUAAACUCGCUCUAAGCGAGUUAAGGAAAUACGACAAAGAAAUUAAUUACGCGUUUGAUAUUGGUUUUUUGAAGUCUUUUCUUCUUGUCAGUGAAGGUUAUGUGGAUCACGCUUAUAAAAUACUAAGCGACUCCCUUCACGACCAUCCCAAUACACCUCUAUUGUGGUAUUGUAUGGCUCAAUAUUGUCUUAUGGACAAUAAUCUCAGGGCAAAUGUUGCUAGUCGUUGUGCCCAAAAAGCACUGUGUUCGGCCCAAAUGACAAAAAAAUCUGAUAAUUGCAACUUUGCUAAAAUAAUGGCAACAGCCAGCAUAGCUGAACACAUUGCAGGUAACAACAUAAAUUCGCUCUUGUUGGCUAAGGAUGGAUUGCAUAUGUACCCGACCCAAGUAGAGAUAUGGGCGGCUUUAUUACGCUCCCUUUUGUCGCAUAAGAUGUGUUUAGAAAGGAAACCCUGGAUUCUCGGCAUGAUAGAGCAUAUUCGAAAACACUUAAACGCAUCACGACGUCUUGUCAAGUGGAUCACCAUUAUUGAGAAGAAACUAAGCAGAUAAAUGGAAGACAAAUAACUAUCUAUGUAGCAUAUAUAUACCCAGUUGUUUCAUGGAAAAGAGUAUUGACCACCAACGCAGUUGCUACAAAUAUAUUUAUAGCCAACAUCAUUAUAAUUACUUGUUUACUAUUUAUGUACCACUGAAUUAUGAAAAGAAUGUAAUUAUCCGUUUGAUUCGUUAAGUACCGAAUGUCUGGAGAUUUUACAAUAUUAAUCUAAUGCUACAUUUGGUUUAUGAAUUGUAAUGCAUACUAAGCAGCGAAGAAAAUAUAUUAUGUAUCGAACUAAGUA